ACGAAAUGUAUGACGAAAAGGUCUGACCAAACAAAUAUAUCUUUUAAAAUAUCCUGCACGUAAAAUUGUGUAUUUAUAUUCAUACAAGAAAACAUUUCGCAUAUCAUCAUCAUUGCAUUAAUCUUAUACACCAAAAUACGAUUUAUAAUCUUCUAACGAAGAAGAAAACCGGUCAACUACCAUGGAAAAGAACUCGUCUUGUAAGAGAUACAACAAACCGCCGGCGUGUGGAACACUCGUCACCAUCCUCAGCCUCGACGGCGGCGGAGUCAGAGGAAUCAUCGCCGGAGUCAUCCUUGCUUAUCUAGAAAAACAACUUCAGGAAAUCGAUGGAGAAGACGUGAGACUAGCUGAUUAUUUCGACGUGGUAGCAGGGACUAGUACCGGUGGUCUCAUGACUGCCAUGUUGACCGUACCGGACGAGACCGGACGGCCUCAUUUCGCGGCCAAGGACAUUGUUCCGUUUUACCUUGAACAUUGUCCCAAAAUAUUUCCACAGCCCCAACAUUCUGAAUGCAGGGGCUUGGCUGCUCUGUUACCUAAGCUUCCAAAGCUUUUGUCUGGUCCAAAAUACAAUGGAAAGUAUCUACGAAAGCUACUAAGUACGCUUCUUGGAGAGACAAGACUUCACCAGACACUCACAAACGUUGUCAUACCUACCUUCGACAUCAAGAAACUUCAACCAACCAUCUUCUCGUCUUACCAGACGCUGGUUGACCCUAGCUUGGACGUCAAGUUAUCAGACAUAUGUGUUGGCACAUCGUCUGCUCCCACUUUCUUUCCUCCUCAUUACUUUUCUAAUGAAGAUAGUCAAGGCAAGACGUCUGAGUUUCACCUCGUUGAUGGCGCGGUCACCGCUAAUAACCCGACUUUGGUGGCAAUGACUGCUGUGACUAAGCAGAUUGUGAAGAACAAUCCUGAUAUGGGUAAGCUCAAGCCGUUAGGGUACGACAAGUUCCUAGUUAUAUCAGUAGGGACAGGGUCUACCAAAAAGGUGGAGAACUAUAACGCAAAGAAGGCUGCGAAAUGGGGAAUCAUAUCUUGGUUAUAUGACGAUGGAUCUACUCCGAUAUUAGACAUUACCUUGGAAUCAAGCCGUGACAUGAUCCAUUACCAUAGCUCUGUUUUGUUCAAAGCCCUACAAUCCGAGGACAAGUACCUCAGAAUCGACGAUGAUACAUUGGAAGGAGAUGCAAGCUCUAUGGAUCUAGCGACAAAGUCUAACUUAGAGAAUCUUGUGAAGAUUGGAGAGAAGGUGCUGAAAAACAGAGUCAUGCAAAUGAAUAUCGACACUGGUGUAUAUGAACCUAUUCCAGAAAAUGUCACCAAUGAGGAAGAACUCAAAAGAUUUGCGAAAAUUUUAUCUGAUGAAAGGAAAUUAAGGAGAAUGAGAAGCGACACAAUGAUUGAAGAUUUAUCAAACUGAUCGUUAAAAACAAUAUAUAAUGGGAAGACGAGAUCUACGAAUAUGAUAUGUGUGUGUGUGUGUUUACUCGGCGAUCUCUCUUGACGCCUUGAUGAAAUUUAUUUUUUUGUACUUCUUUGCGGUAACAGAAUUGAUUUUUUUUUUUUAUUCAACAAACUGAAUAUUUGUGUUUCUCUGAAUUGACUAUUGUUCUGAUCAAUCUGUGAAAAUUAAAGAUUUAUUAUAUUUUUCUAAAUUUAUGAGAAGUUACAUUUUUAUAGAAUAAGUAGUAUUUAAGUGAUCAACACAUACUGUAUAACCAAAUGGUUUAUAUACUGAUGUUGUGUUACCAUAUAUGUUUGAAUCCGUUAGACUGUAUAUUGACAAAAAAAAAAAAAUCAGUACAUAACUUCUAUAAAAAUGACGUUUUUUUUUUCUUUUUGACCAAUUCUAUAAACAUUACGUUGCAUUAAUAUUUAUUACAAUUUCACUUUUAUAAUUUGUUGAACGUUUUGACAGAUGCCUUUAAAACAAGUCUGGAUAGUGGAUCGAGAGGAGAGAUGUGUCGUAGCAACUCCAAGAAAAUCCAAAUUCAGUUUUUGGAUGCAGAAUUCGUUGGCUGUUUCUUUAAUGAAAAGUCCACAAAAGAAAAUAUUUAUAUCUUAAAUAAAAAUUAUUUUUGUUGCAAUGAUUCUCGUAAAUUAAGCUUGUGACAGCUCAAUUCAACGACGUUGAUAUUGUUCCUUACUAUAAAUUAUCUUAUUCCAAAGAAAAAUAUAUGAACUGCAAUCCUGAUUAGCACGAAAUGUAUGUAGAAAAGGUCUGACCGAUCGAAUAAAAGUUAUUUCUAAAAUCCCUCGACACGUAAAAUUUUGCCUUUAUAUAAAUACAAACAUUCAAGAAAAGAAGCAUCAUUGCAUCGAUCUUUACAUCCAAAAUUUUCACCAAAUUCGAGUUACUAUCAUGGAGAACGACUCGUCCUGCAAGAAAAACAAACCGCCUUCGUGCGGAACACUCGUAACCAUCCUCAGCCUCGACGGCGGUGGAGUCAGAGGAAUCAUCGCUGGAGUCAUCCUUGCUUAUCUUGAAAAACAACUUCAGGAGCUUGAUGGAGAAGACGUGAGGCUAGCAGAUUACUUCGACGUGGUAGCCGGAACUAGCACCGGCGGCCUCAUGACGGCCAUGUUGACUGUACCGGAUGAGACCGGACGACCUCAUUUCGCGGCCAAAGACAUUGUUCCGUUUUAUCUUCAACAUUCUCCCAAAAUAUUUCCACAGCCCGGAGGCUUGUUUUCUCUGUUACCAAGGCUUCCAAAGCUUCUGUCUGGUCCAAAAUACGACGGAGCGUAUCUGCGGAAUCUACUAAGUACGCUUCUUGGAGAGACAAAACUUCAGCAGACUCUCACAAACGUUGUCAUACCUACCUUCGACAUCAAGAAACUCCAACCAACCAUCUUCUCCUCUUACCAGUCACUGGUUGACCCUAGCUUGGACGUCAAGUUAUCAGACAUAUGCGUGGGAACAGCGGCUGCUCCUACUUACUUUCCUCCUCAUUACUUUUUCAAUGAAGAUAUUCAAGGAAAGACCAGGGAGUUUCACCUCGUUGAUGGCGGAGUUACAGCUAAUAACCCGACUCUGGUGGCCAUGACUGCCGUGUCUAAGCAGAUUGUGAAGAACAAUCCUGAUAUGGGUGACCUGAAGCCGUUAGGUUACAACCAGUUUCUCGUUAUAUCGAUAGGAACAGGGUCUGCACAAAAGGAGGAGAAGUAUAGCGCCAAAAAGGCUGCGAAAUGGGGAAUCAUAUCUUGGUUAUAUGAUGAUGGAUCUACACCGAUUCUAGACAUUACCAUGGAAUCAAGCCGCGACAUAGUUCAUUUCCACAGCUCUGUUGUGUUCAAAUCCCUAAAGUCUGAGGACAAGUAUCUCAGAAUCGAUGAUGAUACAUUGGAAGGAGAUACAAGGUCUAUGGAUCUGGCAACGAAAUCCAAUUUAGAGAAUCUUGUGAGGAUUGGAGAGAAUGUGCUGAAAAACAGAGUUGCGCAUAUGAACAUCGACACUGGUGUAUAUGAACCUGUUCCUGAAAAUGUCACCAAUGAUCAAGAACUCAAGAGGUUUGCGAAGAUUCUCUCUGAUGAAAGGAAAUUAAGGAUCAUGCGAAGCCACGAAAUGUCUAAACUUUCACCAAACUGAUCACAAAAGAUAUAAUAAAACAUAUUGAAAUCUACACCGCUCGAAGAAAUCGCUCGUUCUUUUGUGUUUAGUUGUAUAAAACAAUUUACUGUACAAUAAUGAAAAUAAUUUACUGUACAAGACGUUGUAUUUUAGUCUUAAAAUGAUGAUGCUGUGUGUGUUUUUUUUGUUUUUCAUAAUGAAAUUACAUCCCUUUCA